AUGUCUCUGUCCACUGACCGCGAUCAUCAAGGUGACGUGGACUGGGAGGAGCUCCCCCAAAACCAGAGUCUGCUUGGUGUGGGUGUGGUAUCGGAUGAGACACCAGCAUGCCAGCUUUGUCGCAAGAAAAAAGCAAAAUGCUCUAGACAACAGCCAUGCUCUCAGUGCGUCAAAUCAGGGGUGGACUGCGUGUAUGAAGACAAACGCGCCAAAGGUGGCGUCAAAAUCGGUGUCAUAGAGCGUCUAAGCCAACGCAUUGACACAAUUGAGCACAUGUUUCUAGGGCAGAGCAUUUUGAUGCAGCAGCUCAUGAAGGGACAGAAUACAGUGAAGCCGGACUCGUUUGUUCAAAGCUUCGCGUCCACCGACUUUGCCGCGUCUACAGAAAGAGUCAAACAGGCUCUGUCGGACGUCGCAGCUUUUACUAAAGAGACAGAUAAUGUUGGUGCGUCGGAGAGCGCUGACAUCGCUUCAACCAGCAGAAAACGAGUGAAAAAGGAUGAGCCAAACGUCGUUGAUCUUCCACAAAAGAGAGUAUGCGUGGCUAUGAGUACCGGAUACAUCACCCCGCAACUUGCACCUGUUGAUACCAUUCUGGAAGUCUACUUCAAGAUGAUACAUCCUUGGAUGCCAGUAAUACACACGGCAACAUUUCUGCGGAGAGCGCGCGAGCCAGACAGAUCACCCGGGGUUACCCUCAUAUUGCAGGCCAUCACUGCGUUGGCCUUGCCAUAUUCUGUAUCAGCCGAGACCGUCCAUGCUCAAGACCUGCACACCCAUGUAUCACAGCUGCGCCAAGAUGUCGUCGUUUCAGCAAUAGAGAGCAGCUCAAAAGAGGCCAUACAGGCUUUAAUCCUGGUUGCAUUCGAUACCAUCAAGCGAGGGUUAAGCUGCUCACCGUGGUCCCUCGUCUCCAUUAUCUGUCGGAAGAUUGAGGGACUGCAGCUCAAUGCAGAAGAGAAGAGAGACGAACACCAUGUGGCUGCCUUUUUCUCACAGCCUACAAAGCCACUGGAUCCGCCAACCAUGUGGACAGAGGUGGAAGAGCGACGCCGCGUCUUUUGGGGCGCGUUCCUCCUCGAUAGGUUCUGUAGUAUUGCCACUGGAUCAAACCCCAACAUCUCUAGCAGGAGCAUUCAAAGACGAUUGCCAUGCGAUGGGUAUCUGUGGGAGGGCGACCAUUGCGUCGAAACAUCCUUCUUUAAGAUACACGACCAAACUCAAGAGGAUAUGGAGGCCAAUGCCGACACGGAGGAGCAACCGUUUCCACUGGUGUAUAACGAGUCGGAAGGGCCGAGUGUAAUUGGUGGGUUGGCCUACACAAUCGAAGCUACAGAGUCCCUGUUUCUGGUCAAUAAGUUCCACGAGCGGCAACCACUCCAACCGGACAGCGCAUCGCAGCUCUCAAGUUGGUUGCACAAAUUUCGGCAGCUCGAUUCACGUCUCCUACAAUGGGAGCUGUGCUUGACACACCGCUGGCGAGAAGUCCGCGUGGUGGAUGGCUACAUAGACCCGAAUUUGACGAUGGCGCACAUGACGCACAAUGCGGCCAUCGUAACUCUCCACAGUCGCCUUGCGACUCCACCGCGACAAGCACGGGUUUGGCUCUCUUCACUCGUGUCGGGCGCGUCCAAGGAAGCUUGUGUGAUGGCUUCGAUCAAGAUUGAUCGCAUUGCACGGCGCUUCUUGGACGCGAGCACCGGGAUCCCACCGCAUCAAUUCGCGCUUUGCAUAUAUAUCGCUGCCAAGACAUUAAUUCGUACGUUGCACCUAUCUGACAUGAAGCCUCGUCUUGCUGAUCUUCUAUGCGAUGAAGAAUGGAAUACCACAAGGCUGUCUGAAACCGUUACGUCGCUUCUUGCGCUGCUUCUGGAGGUGUCCAACAGGAUCUCAGGUACAAGCGAGAAGGGACAGAGCCCAACUACAGAGGACCCGGCAAUAAGACUUCGCACGGAACUCAUCGCACAGAGAGAGUCGGCAAACGACAAUGGUACCAAAAACGCGGCAUUGAGUGCAGUACCAGGGCUGGAGAUGACAGCUCCCACUGAGCAGCCGCUGAUGAACAUGGUGGACUUUUCCGCCAUGCUGCACUCCUUUUCAACGUCUCCGUCUAGCGGCGGCAGCGUGUUUGGCAUGAACUUUUUCGACCACGAGUCUCCGGUGGAUUUUGAUCGAGGUCUCCUGACCGGCCAGCAGCCGUCAUUGCAAAACCCGAACAACGAGGACAGCCAGCUUGAAAAUGGCGCGAGGGAGUCUGAGGUGAGUUUUGAUUUCAUGGCCGAGCUUCGAAAGCUUGAAUCGAGAGCGCGAGAGCAAGGCAGAAAGCUACGAGGACAGCCGGAGCAGAGUCAUGUCAAGUAA